AUGGCGCUUGUUGAGCUUCCACAAACUGAUGCCACUUUAGCUUUCACUUCUUUGAUAUCAGAAGUUUUCAUUGAUACUGAACUGCUUAAGCCAAAUGAAACGGAUAGAGACUGUUGAGGAGAAAUUGAUGUUACUACGGAUGCAGAGCUUGCUCUGUCACUGAGCCAUUUUUGAUUGCUGCAGUCUAGAUUAAAAAUGCAGCAGAAGAUACUGAGGAAAGUUUGUCUCUAG